CUGCUACAUAUAUAGCUGCAGCCGAACUAAAUCGUCUCCUCUGAAGUCUGAAUUGAACCAACCUCUGUAUUCAAGACCAGCAGAAGUCUCAUCAGCAACAACACCAUGUCGAAGAGGAGGACUAGGGAGCCAAAGGAAGAGACUGUCACCCUUGGACCUGCUACGAGAGAGGGAGAGCUUGUUUUUGGUGUUGCCCACAUUUUUGCAUCAUUCAAUGACACUUUCAUUCACGUGACUGAUUUGUCUGGAAGGGAAACAAUGGUUCGUAUUACUGGUGGUAUGAAGGUCAAAGCCGAUAGGGAUGAAUCUUCCCCAUAUGCUGCUAUGCUUGCUGCACAAGAUGUUUCUCAGCGAUGCAAGGAGCUUGGCAUUAAUGCACUUCACAUUAAGCUUCGAGCUACAGGUGGAAACAAGACUAAAACACCUGGGCCUGGUGCUCAGUCUGCUCUCAGGGCUCUUGCUCGCUCAGGGAUGAAAAUUGGCCGUAUAGAGGAUGUAACACCAAUUCCUACUGAUAGCACCCGUAGAAAGGGUGGUAGGAGAGGAAGAAGGCUGUAAGCUUGCUGCUCUUGUCAAGAAGCAAAAUCGGAUUCUUGUUGAGAAUGUUGCAGGUGUUAGUUUUGAUAUGAUCUUAAAUCUUGCUCAUCUACUAUGUAGUUCUAUUGACGUUGGCCUUGCCUAUAGAUUUUGCUUCCUUUUUCGUGGUUAAAUUUGUGAAACAUUUAUGAAGACUAUGAAUUGUGGCCUACAAUCUAGUUAUAUUUCAUCUGCUUGUAGUAGAAAUGAUUCAUCGCGUUUGCUUUA